UUUCAGUUUCAAGUUACAUGACCGAAUGAAACUCGGCCACGUCACAUUUUCCUCACAAAGAAUCAGUACGCGCACACUUGAAGCUCAGGGAAGUGAAGUGAACGUGUCUCUAUUCCCUAAUCAACAACUUCAGCGCCAAAGAUUGCAACGCUGAAGUUACCUGCAGGAAACGGUUGAUUGUUUUGUAUUGGCGUGACUGUGUGUGAGCCUACUGCCAUGUCCACAGCCAUGGACCCCCCCAGGGAAGUCAGCUACCCGCAGUCAUCCUGUGGAACCGGGGACAGCGUCGCCUCACUUGAUGACGUCGCAGUGGAUUUCAUAGCCAAUGAGUCAUCAGAGGAGUCAGCUGGUGAGCGGGAAGAGGAGAUUGGGGCCAACACUGAGCUCACCAACAAACUCACAGACAUCCUUACUGAACAGCCCACACACACAGAGACUGUGAGUGCCCAGCGACCAGACUCCCUGUCCCUGGCGAUGGCUGAGCCAGAGCGGUGGACAUCCAGGGGUGACGGGGAGGUGAAUCUGCGGAUGGGGGAGUUGGGCUUUGCAGCUGAGCCCCCAGUCACUGUAGACCAGAUGUUUAAAACUGCAGUGGAGAGGUUUGGCAGCUACACCGCCCUGGGCUGGAAGGAGGGAGAACAGAUGAAGACCAUGAACUACCAGGAGUACUACCAGGCUUGCCGCACCGCUGCCAAGAGCUUCCUCAAGCUUGGCUUGGAGCGCUACCAUGGGGUUGGCAUUCUGGGCUUCAACUCUGCUGAGUGGUUCAUCUCUGACAUUGCUGCCAUUAUGGCUGGUGGGUUUGCAGUGGGUAUCUACACCACCAACUCCCCAGAGGCGUGCCAGUACUUAGCAGAGAACUGCAAGGCCAACAUUAUCGUGGUGGAGAACCACAAACAGCUACAGAAGAUCCUACAGGUUCAGGACAAGCUGCCACACAUAAAAGCCAUUAUCCAGUACAAAGAUGCACUUAAAGAGAAGAGACCAAACCUCUACACGUGGGCGGAGUUUAUGGAGCUGGGCCGUGAUGAGUCCAACACUCAGCUGGAUGACAUCAUUGCUACCCAGAAACCCAACCAGUGCUGCACACUGAUCUACACAUCAGGGACCACGGGGCAGCCCAAAGGAGUGAUGCUCAGCCAUGACAAUCUGACAUGGACAGCGUUCGCCGUAGGCCGCCAUGUCCAGCUGACAGAAGCCACCAAGUCUCAGGAGAUAGUUGUCAGCUACCUGCCUCUCAGCCACAUCGCUGCUCAGAUGGUGGACAUCUGGGUCACCAUGAAGGUUGGAGGGGCAACCUAUUUCGCCCAGCCAGACGCACUGAAGGGCUCCCUGGUCAACACGAUGAGAGAGGUGCGUCCCACAGCCUUUAUGGGCGUACCACGCGUCUGGGAGAAAAUGCAGGAGAAGAUGAAGUCCGUCGGGGCCAAGUCGUCUACUGUGCGCAGGAAGGUGGCAGUCUGGGCCAAAGGAGUGGGGCUGAAGACUAACCUCAGCAAGAUGAAUCAGAAUGGAGCUAUGGCAAGGAUGCCUGUCAACUACCGCCUAGCCAAGAAGCUGGUGUUCAGAAAGGUCCGUAAGGCCCUGGGUCUGGACCGCUGCACCAAGUGUUACACAGGUGCCGCCCCCAUCACCAAGGAUACCCUGGAGUUCUUCCUCAGCCUAGACAUCCCAGUGUACGAGCUGUACGGAAUGAGUGAGAGCACUGGACCUCACACCAUCUCUCUGCCCAAUGCAUUCCGCCUCACCAGUGUUGGGAAGUUGAUCCCUGGCUGUGAGACUAAGAUCCACAGUCCUGACCAGGAGGGCAAUGGGGAGAUCUGCUUCUGGGGGCGUCACGUCUUCAUGGGCUACCUAAACCAGGCCGACAAGACCGAGGACGCCCUGGACGCUGAGGGCUGGCUGCACUCUGGAGACCUGGGCAAACACGACGACAACGGCUUCCUGUUCGUCACCGGACGCAUCAAAGAGCUGAUCAUCACAGCGGGUGGAGAGAACAUCCCUCCAGUGCCCAUUGAAGAUGCUGUGAAGGAGGCUGUGUCGCUGGUAAGCAACGCCAUGCUCAUUGGAGACAAGAGGAAGUUCCUCGCCAUGCUGCUCACCAUUAAGUGCCAGGUGAAUGGAGACACUGGUGCUCCUGAGGAUGAGUUGACGCCCGAGGCCGUAGAGCUGUGCCGGAAGCUGGGCAGCAAUGCCACGCGAGUCUCAGAGAUUGCCGGCGGACGUGACCGGGUCAUCCAUGCUGCUAUCCAGGAGGGCAUCAACCGCGUGAACGAGAACGCCACCUCCAACGCCCAGCGCAUCCAGAAGUGGAUCAUCCUCGACCAGGACUUCUCCAUCACUGGGGGAGAGCUGGGCCCCACUAUGAAGCUGAAGAGGCCAGUGGUCAUGAAGAUGUACAAAGAGCAAGUCGAGCAUUUCUACAAAGAGGUGGUGACCCCAAGCACCCCUGACAACUCCCUUCCCCCCAAAUAGGCCUGGGAUAAAGGCCCUUGCGGGUUCUAUGAAUUGCUCUGCAACAAAAGACCUGCAGCCAGAAGUCUCUCUCACAUACGACACACACAUACACCAUACAGACCACCACUCCCUGUGCAGUUCCCGUUUACUCCUGUGAAAAUGUUUUGUUAGCUUCCUGCUUUGGUUCUUCACAUUUGUGGGUGUUCUAAGGAAAAACAUCCAUGAGAAGGCGUAAGUCUUUGAUUUUUGAAGAUGAGUUAUUGAUGAGCUUAUUUCAACUUUAUUUGUUUUGUGAUGAACAAUAAUGCAUGAUAGAUGAAGUAGAGUUGUAUGUGAUGAGGCAUGGUUAAUGUGCUUUGAUACUUGAGACUAAAUGGCAUAGUAUCCAACAUUUCCAUAGGAAAUGGUAGUAGAAAUUUGGGCUACGUUUUGAAAAAGCGUUACUCACAAUUAUUUAUUUUUCAUUUGCCAAAGUCAAUACUUACUUGGACCAAAGACACAUUGGAUGUGAAAGAAUUAUCCAGCUGAAAAACUAUGGAAGUUUUACAUUUACAUUUAAGUCAUUUAAGUUUUCUUCACAUCCAUUGUUCACUCGUCAAAAACGGUUUCCUAUUUAUUAUUGUUUUGCUCUGUCUGCAUUGGUCUGGUUUCAGAGUGUUGAUGGAAGUAUAUCAUUGUUGUAGCGUGGUCCUGCAAUAAGAGAUGGCCAAUAAAUGAAGUUGUAGAUUUAGUUAAAGCAAAUGGCUCAAUGUUGAACUUCUGCACCUACCUUGUCCAAUAGAGAGCAUCCAAAUCACUUUUUUUCAAUGCGAUGGAACCAUAUCAUUCAAGCCAUAUUUUUGUUUCCUAUGUGUUAUGACGUUGUCAUACUAUCUGCGGAAUUGCCUGGUCUUGUUGGAAUGUUUUAUAACGAUUCUGUGUAAAAAUGUGACCAUUGUUAAAUACUGUAAAUAUAUUUUGCCUACAUUGCCUCUUUCCUCUGGUCUUUAUUUAAACCGUUUUAUUAAGUUGAAUGUUUUUUAAAAGAACUGUCUUCAGCUCAUCAGUCUUGUCAAGCACUGUGACAUUCUUUAUACUUGCGCCACUGAACUGAGUUUGUCUUUCUGAAAACUGGUUCAUUACAUGUUCUCUCCCGAGUUACCUUAAUCUAAUACAAGGGUACAUAGAGGAAAUUUGAUAGCGUAUCAAAAUUAUCGUUCAUCCUGAAACCUUCUACACCCAAUAAUACCCAGGACCGGUAUGGACUGGGGUUUGAUCUUAUUAGACUGCACAUAAUCUCCCUAAACUUCAUGUAUAUGAAUAUGCUAUGUGGAAUGUCUCUGAAACCUACUGUACAUGUUCAGGUCCUUGUGUAAUUCUGAGUUUUAAUUAUUGGGGGUGUAUUUGGGCCACUUUGUCAGUACAAAUAAUACUCGUUGUACAUUGGAAUAGGAAGAAAUCAGAUUUGAUUCUGGCUUCCAGCACUUUUCACCAUUUGUCUUUUGAAAUACUUGAAUUUUUUUAAUUAAGUAAUCUAAUGCAAUCCACAGAUCCCUUUGUAAACUAUUCCAUUCUCUGUGGAAAGGGAAUAUGCCAAGGGUCUUGCAGUUUAGAGAUGUUCGGUCUUACACAUACAGCUGGUGACCCAUAUUGUUUCAGGAAGACCUGGAAAUAAACUAUAAGCUUACCAAGAAGACUGGCUUGUAGUGUUUGAAGUUGUAUAUGGAAUGAAAAAUAUUAUUUUCAAACGUGGAGGAAAUGAAGGUGAUGUAUCUGUAUUUUGUUAUUUUCUCAACUGAUGUCAUAGCUUUCUGUUGAAGCUUGUACUGACAUACACACUGAAGGUCUGGAGCUCCAUACCACCAACAAAGUCCAAUGCAAUUGCAGUCAACUUUAUUACACUUGAGCAAGCAAUCUCUUCAAAUGCAUACAAGAUCAUGAGAGUUCACGACUGCCAUCUAAAGACAGAAUACCGGUUUUACCUGACCCUCAACAUUUAAGAGUUUUGAAAGUGUUUCUAGUAUCAGGUGGGGAAGAAAGUGUGUCUCGAGUUGAUGAGCAGUGCCAUCUUUAAACUAGCAGCUGCUGAGGAAAGAAACCUUGAUGUAUGUGAUCAAGCUGGAAAAUAAAGGUUAUUUAUUCUGAAA